AGUUACUCAGUACUUGAGUAGUUUUUUCACAACAUACUUUUUACUUUUACUCAAGUAAAUAUUUGGGUGACUACUCCUUACUUUUACUUGAGUAAUAAAUCUCUAAAGUAACAGUACUCUUACUUGAGUACAAUGUCUGGCUACUCUACCCACCUCUGGACUUAGACUUAGACAAACUUUAAUGAUCCACAAGGGAAAUUGUUCAAAAUUGUUGCUGCGUCUACUUAUAAGAUGUCUAUGGGUAGACGGACCAUAAAUGUAGUAGAUGUCCCUUAUGGGCUUAGUGUCACUGAUUUCUACAAUAAACACAUAUAACAAGUGGUUUUUAAUUUACUGAAACAACCCAUAUGUGAGAAACAGCGCCCUCUGGUGUUUCGGGGCCCGGACAUCCUUUUACUACAGCUAUUACAACACACCAAAUGACGAGGUUUCCCGUCACAGCUGGCGGUAAAUUCCACUUGUAAUGUGCAUUAUAUUGCCCAAGGUCCUAACCUCUUGUGAAAUUAAGGCGUGGCCAAGAACAUGAAUAGGUUGGCUUGGGAAAUAAAGGACACAAUGUGCUCAAAGUCAAGACACACAACAACACGAUGAGUGCAGACUGGAAGAGGAAGAUUUGCAUUGUUAUGCUGGUGGCACUGAAUGGUAAGAGAGACACAGUAUGUCAUAUUGAUGGAUAUGAUGACAUCAUCUUCAUCACUACGGUCUCGUGCAGGUGCAGCGGGGCUCGCCUUCAGCAUGCAGAUAACCUGGCCUGGUCGAGUGACAGCUGGGUCCAGCAACACGUUCACCUGCUCGUCUAACUGCUUUCAAAACUGCUCCUACUCUUGGUCCUUCAAGGGUCGAAGGGUCAACGGGAGCACGCUCGUCUGGGCGCCGGAUGGACGGGACUACUCGGUGGACCUGCAGUGCACCGUUCUCAGUCACAAAACAGGGGCCUCCAGCACCGUGACCUCCAUUGUGGACAUUAGAAAUCCAGUGUCGGUACAAAUCAGCCCACCCGGUGCCGUCCCAUCUCUGGAGAGUCCUCUGGAUCUGCUUUGCCAUGUUGCUGCACGUUCAUCUCCCACCUUGCCUGAGGAGAACAUGGUCACCUGGUACAAGGACGGCCAGAGGGUGGCUUCAGGGGAGAAUGUGCUUCAUUUUGACUCACUGCUGCUAUCUGAUGGCGGUUUCUACCAGUGUGACAAAGCCCUGACCCAGACUCGAGUUCUCAGUCUGGGUUACCUGCUAAACUUCGAUCCAUGGAAUGUGAGCAUCAGCGGGCCUGACGCUGUCCUUCCAAUCCGACUGAGCACGUUCACCUGCUUGACGUCUUGCACUUUAAACGUGGACUGCACCGUGAGAUGGUCGUUUGAGGGAGGUUUCCCCUUAGGAAGUUACCUCUCGGUGUAUCAGAAUGAGCUCUCUUGGAUUCCCUCGGUGCCGGGCACCUUCCAAAAUUUGACAUGCGUUGUCGAAAAUGCAGCAGCCGGUCGCUCUGCUGAGGCGACCAAGAUGGUGGAAGUUAAAGGCUUGUCACUUUCUGGAUCCCGGAAUCUUACUGGACUAUCCACUUUGGUUUUAAGCUUAGCUCUGCUACUCAUUGCUAACUAAAAAAUAGUGCUGUGAUAUUUUGUCAUUGUGGUAGUAAGAUCAUACUUGCCAACCCUCCCGAAUUUUCCGGGAGACUCCCUAAUUUCAGUGCCUCUCCCGAAAAUCUCCCGGGACAACCAUUCUCCCGAAUUUCUCCCGAUUUCCAGCCGGCCUUAAGGUACGCCCCCUCCAGGUUGGUUGGCCAACGGUUUAAAAAGUAACCUAGUGUUCUGUGGUUACUUUUUGGUUGGCCAACGGUUUACGUUGUUUUGCGUAACCUGACGCAUGCUUGCCAACCCUCCCGGAUUUUACGGGAGACUCCCAAAAUUCAGCGCCUCUCCUGAAAACCUCCCGGGACAAAUUUUCUCCCGAAAAUCUCCCGAAAUUCAGGCGGAGCUGGAGGCCACGCCCCCUCCAGCUCCAUGCGGACCCGAGUCGCUUUCCCACAAUAUAAACAACGUGCCUGCCCAAUCAUUAUAACUGUAGAAUGAUGGAGGGCGAGUUCUUGCUUUCUUAUGUGGGUUUAUUGUUAGGCAGUUUCAUUAACGUCCUCCCAGCGCGGUAACAACACACAACAACAGCAGUCACAUUUUCGUCUACCGUAAAGCAGUUCGUCUGCCGUAAACAGCAAUUUUGUGACACUCUUUAAUAGGACAAUACUGCCAUCUAGUGCAUUUGAUGAAAGCACUUUUGUGCGUGCCACACAGCAAUGCAUCAUCAGAGAGGGUGUUCAGCAUGGUUAGAAAAUUAGUGACAGAGAAUAGAACAAGGAUGGACAAUUCAACCCUUAACUCAACAAUGAGUAGAUGAGUGUUAUGUGUGUGUA